GUUAGGAUUAAGUGGAAGGCCGGUCAACUUUGGAAAAUCAUCACCUAUACCACAUUCCAUUCAAACAAGCGGAAAUCAUACACAAGCUUGGUGCAACAAACGUCUGAGUUUAUAUUGGAUGAUGAAAUUCUUAAGAGAGUCGAUUCACACAUGUUGAUGUUAAUUGUUAAGGUUGCUAUUGCAGAUAGCUCAGAUCAUUUUUAUGUAAUAUUGACGUCAACGGGGUUACGGGGCUGCUGCAUGAAGAUGAAUUACCUCAUGCUUUGCAAUAUACAGACUAUGGAGUAUAUGAUCCUGAAAAGAUUAAAGAAAUGUUGUAUAUAUCAAGAAAACAAAGAUGGGUGGAUCAUUCCCAGUCAUCACGUGUGGAAAGUGAAAAGAUGAGACGC